ACACGCGGAACAAGGCAGGCGGUAAACCAAACGGACCACCGGAUCGCGGCACCGAGAGAACUCUUUGAGUUCCAAGACGCGCCCUGUCCGCAAACAAAGUCAUUUCGACGACUUCAUCUCCUGCUGGAGGGUCAACACCCCAUCUCCGUACUUCUCGAUUGACGACCUUUGCGAGCCCCUCCAUCGAGCGGAAGGCGGCCAAGUGUCUUGCGCCCCUUGGUCAUCGAAUGCAACCACGUCGAUGGCGGGCUUCAGUAUGACCAAGGUGCUGGGCACCAUGAAAAAGCGGCCGGCGUUUGGCGGCGCGACAGGCAGCGCCGAAGCGACGCCAGCAGAUGCGCCAGUCGAUACCGCGAACGGCACCCCCGAAAUCAUUGCUUCGCGCUGCGUGAAGCAAUUCUGCCAGUCAGUGGGCAACUCGACGGGCGACGAUGUUAUAUUCCUGCCCCCCAUCGUUGAGGCCGCCGUUGCCUCCCCAGCCGCCUCUGCCGAAUGCGCCCGCCAGAUUCGCAAAUUCAUGAGCCGCGAUUUCUGGUCGAAACCAUCGUGUCAAUACAACGCAAUCAUGCUCGCUCGGAUCCUGGCCGACAACCCGGGCCCCGGCUUUACAAAGUUUCUAGACAAGAAAUUUGUCGACACGACCAAGGAGUUGCUGAGGUCAGGGCGGGACGGGAGCGUGCGCCAGAUCCUGAUGGAGACUUUAGAUGCGUUCGAGAACACGAAAAGCCAGGAUGAGGGACUGGCGAUGGUCAUCGAGAUGUGGAAGAAGGAGAAAGAGAAGGCUUACAGGGCCUAUGGGGGGAUACCUGUCGCGCAAGUGCCCGGGAUGGUGGCACCCCCUUUCAACCCUUACCAACACCCUCCGCCCGGGGCUUCCCACCCGCGACAGGAUCAUAGCAAGCGUCUCCCUGACCCCGUCGAGCUCGCCAACCGGCUUGAAGAAGCCCGGACGUCCGCCAAGCUUCUUGAGCAAGUGGUGGCCUGCACCCUGCCUUCUGAAGUUCUGUCCAACGACCUCUUCAAGGAGUUUGCGGACCGGUGUUCCAGCGCUUCCCGCAGUAUCCAAGGGUACAUGAGCGCCGAGAACCCGGCGCCAGACAACGACACAAUGGAAAGCUUGAUCGACACCAACGAGCAGCUUCAGCAGGCCCUGAACCACCAUCACCGCGCGCUUCUGCAAGCAAAGAAGCAGCUCGGCCAGGGCGAUGCCCGGUCCAGCACCUCCAACCCGGCGCCGCAGUCGCGCAGUCACCACCAGCAACCACCCGCACCCGUUGGACAACAACAGCGCGCCGCCCCUCCCGCUCCUCCCGCCCCUCUUCGGAAACCAGUCGCCGGAAGCAGCAACAGCAAGGGCAAAGCCAACCCGAACACAUACGACACCUCCGCCGUCGCAGGCCCUUCACGCUCGGCAAGCGGGACACCUGUCCGCCACGGCAUGGACGACACAGACGACGAGGGCCAGGACCCCUUCCGGGACCCGCCGACCGAGCAACAACACCAACACCACUACCAGUCGCCGUCCGGCUCGUCGUCCAGGCCGGCCGACGACCCUCCUCGGCUGUCGUUUGAGCCGUUCCACCCGGGCUUCGGUGGGGCCGCGUCAUCGACGGCUGCGGUGGGGCCAGCGGCGACCGACAAGGGGCGAGCAGAGCCUGUCACGCCUGUUUCGGACGACGAGCAGGAUGCGUAUGAGGCGACGCCGAGGAAGGAGGGGCAUGUUUAUCGGUAUUAGGAGAUUGUCUCAAGCGGGGCUUUAUUUCUUCGCUUCGUUUCGUUUGGUGGUAUCCUGGUUGGUUUUUGUUGCCGUGGACCUUUCGUCCCAGAUGGGUGUUGAUGAGAGCGAUGUACACGGAUGCAAGAUUCCCCGCCUAUUAUGAUUCAUGUCAAUACUCCCUGAUCGGAGCUGCUGUUCGAGGUGCUGCUGAGGGCAAUGCGCUCAUCGGAAAGGCUUCUGUCUAGUUAACCCGCUUACCGCACAACCGCCUGCUUUCUACCCCGCAGAACUGAAACCCACAAGCAAACAAUCUCAAACCAAUGUGGUAGCGGCAGCGCUGUUGUUGAAGAUGCUCUCCGGCGGUGCAGGUCAAUGUCGGCCGAAGAUAUCGCGGAACCUGACGUAACCACCCGGCCCACCGCGGGUUAUUUGUCGAUUAGCGCUUGCGUUCCUGGUUCCUUGAAUUGAAGUGGCAGCCGAA